CAGCACUCAGUACGAGCGCGGCGUUUCGGUGCACUGGAGGUGGUGUGAACUGGUGUGCAAGUGGCCUGUACCCUGCGCCACACCAGCGCGACACACCAGCUAGCGUUUAGCUUUACCCUCCCACCAAACAACCGCUUGCGGGAGGGUGCGAGCCGGGAAAAAGGGUGGUUUUGGGAGCUGCUUCACCGCUGCCAGUGUUUGGCGCAGCGCCUAAGUGCAUAGUGCCAGUCCCUGGCACCGUUCGAAUAGCGAAGAAGGAAACCAGCAUCUUCCAGCAUCACCGAUCAAUCCGCAUGAACCGCUAGCUGGCUGGCUUGUUCCGCGAUUGCUUGGUGCGAUUGAAAGAAGAGAGGAAAUAGAAAAGGAACGACUCUUCACCGAACCUCACCGUAACCCGAGCGAGUGAAGGCCGGACCGGUGCAGACGGUCCGGUUACGUCGGUUGGACCGCCGGCGAACGAUGUGACCGAACCGAAGCGACAUGGAUGCGGUGCGGUUUUCCAUCAUCGAGAAUGAAAUGCGGUGGGAGGACGAGUACCGGAUGUACUACCAGGAGGCGCACGACGCUGGCAGCGAUCCUACCGACAGUGCCGAUCGGCUCCGGCUGAGCAUCUCCAGCGAGAGUGAUGUCGGUGGGGUGGAAAUCUCGUCCCCGAAUGCGCCGCACGAGUUCGGGCCGGAUCGUGAGGCCGGUCACGAGGAGAUCUGGAGCCGGGCGGCCAUCGAGGGUGCCCUGCGGGAGCUCCCGGAAGGGGAACGGAUAGCGGAGUUGCUGGGUGGCGCUAGCGCCGUCGUGGUGGCUGCUGCUGCUGCUGCUGCUGCUGGUGAUUUGCUCGACGAGUUUGGUGCGCAGCUACCCACGCUGCUGCUGCUCGCCGUGUGGUACGGUAAGCAGGACCUGCUGCGGAAGGUGCUCGCACAGGAGGACGUCGAGGUCGAUGCGACGGACGGGGCCGGUCGAACUGCCCUCCACCUAGCCUGCUACAUCGGCAGCCACAGCAUGGCCGAGCUGUUGCUGCAACGCGGCAGCAACCCACAGCAGUGGGACCAUGGCCGGGUUGCCACACCGUUGCACUGUGCCGCCAGCUGCGGUAGCCUGGAGUGCGUGACACUGCUGCUGGCGGAGCGGAACGUCGACAUCAACGCUGGCAUCGAGCAACACUCGGCACUGCACUACGCGGUAAUGCGCAACAGCAAACGGUGCGUCGAGUAUCUGCUGCAGCACGGUGCCAACCCGAACACGCCCCAGGUCUACACCCAGACACCGCUGCACGUGGCCGCGGCCCUCGGGUACGCCGACUGUAUCGCACUGCUGCUGGCGCACGGUGCCGACGCUCGGUCCCAGUUCGGACAGAAGAAAAUCACCGCCCUCCACCUGGCGGCCUCCGAGAACUAUCUCGAGUGCGUGCGGUUGCUGGUGGCAGCCGGGGCAAACAUUAACGCGCGCAACCGGGACCAACAGACACCGUUACACCUGGCCUGCCUGUCCCAGUGCCACGAGACGGUUACCUAUCUGAUUGCGCACCAUGCGGACGUGCACGCGGUGUACCGGGAUGGCCGGACGGCCCUGCACGCGUCGAUCGUGAAGGAGUCGCGCUUCUGGGACUGCACGCUCAGCCUGCUGAAGGCGAAGGUGGACGUGAACCGGGCGGACAACUUUGGCUACACGCCCCUGCACAUAGCGGCACUGAACGAGUUCAGCACCUGCGUGUACAUGCUGAUCGAGUUCGGGGCGGACAUAACGGCGCGCACCAACGGUGGCGUGUCGGCCCUCUCGUUCAUCAUACGCCGUACACCGGAGAUCAUACCGAAGUACAUCGCCAAGCUCGACGCGGCCAUCAGCGUCAACAGUAUCCACGAGAUCGGUGACGUGGACUGUGAGAUACGGCUCGACUUUCGGCCACUGGUACCGAACAACGAUCGGGGCGAAACCGAGCUGCUGCUGGCGUUCAUCGAGGUCGGCCAGCGGCGCAUCCUGAAGCACCCGCUGUGCGAAACGUUCCUGCUGCUCAAGUGGCGCCGCAUCCGGAAGUUUUUCAUCUUCAGCCUCUUCUACCACGGUCUGUUCGUGCUGCUGUUCACCGCCUACGUGCUCGGUGUGUACGUCGAGGGUUGCCGGACGAACGUGUGCGAGGCACCGUCGUACGUGCCACCGAUCGGUUACGUGAUCAUCCUGUUCAACCUGGUGCUGCUCACGAAGGAGGUGUUCCAGAUGAUGCACGGAUUCGUCAGCUACGUCCGGUACUGGGAGAACUGGCUGCAGUGGAGCAUCGUCAUCGGGAUCUUUCUCUGCACGCACAACGCGCUCGGUGACAUCAACUCCGUGGUGGUGUGGCAGCAUCACGUGGCGGCGGUCGUGAUUUUCCUCGCCUGGCUCGAGCUGAUGAUGCUCGUCGGCCGCUUUCCCAUCUUCGGGCUUUACGUCCAGAUGUUUACGACAGUCGCGGUCAACUUCUCCAAGUUCCUGAUGGCCUACUGUUGCCUGCUGGUCGCGUUCGGUUUGAGCUUUUGCGUUCUCUUCCCGAACCACAUCGCCUUCAAGGGAAUCCCCCGGUCGCUGCUCAAAACCAUCGUCAUGAUGGCGGGCGAGCUGGAGUUUGAGGACAUUUUCUACGGUGAAAAUCUAAAAAUCGAAUACCCGGCGACCGCGCACGGUAUGUUUCUGGCGUUCGUGCUGCUGGUGACGGUGAUUCUCACCAACCUGCUGGUCGGUCUGGCGGUCAGCGACAUACAGGGGCUACAGCAAUCGGCCGGGCUCGACCGUUUGUCCCGGCAGGCGGAGCUGAUAUCGCGGCUCGAGAGCCUCAUGUUCUCGAAGCUGCUGCGCAAAGCGCCAAUCCGGAUCUGGGCCAUCUUUCAAAAGAUUGCCCUGCUGAAGACGUCCCGCUGCCGGUUACACUUUCGCGUCAAACCGAACGAUCCUCGGGAGAAAAGGAUUCCGAGGGAGCUGAUCACCUCGAUCUAUCAGCUGGUGGCCGAGCGGCGCGAGCGGAAUCAGUCGAUGCGAAGAAAGCGAACCUACCGCAACAUGGAAACGUUCAACAAUUUGCUGAGCGACGACGGUCUCGUUACCCUGCGCCGGAAGCAGCAGAAAACGAUCGACAAAAACCGAACCCUCUCUGGCAACCAUUACGGCGGUGGUGGUGGUGGCGGUUUGCGCCCGGACACGAUGCCUGCCACCUCCCUGAGCCAACCCCGGCCCGGCUCCACCGCAGCGCUCGAGGAAACGCAAAAGAUCAUUCUGAAGCGAUUGGACGCACUGAGGGAAGACCUCGAGGUGGUGAAGAAUAGAAUAAAGAUGAUAUGA